CCUUCUUCAAUUCCUCUUUUUCCUUUCUUUCUUUACAGAUUAAUUUUCUGCUCAUUUCCGAAACAACGGCGCAAACAGUCUACGUUUCGUCUCUCCCUUCCCAUCUUCUUCACUUCUCUCUCUACAAAAACCUUUUUACUCUGUGUUUGAAAUUUCAAGGGCAGGGAGAGAGAAACCCCCGUCACACCCAACUUCGCCAAUCACACACAGGAGAGUGUUACCCUUUGCCUUCUUCUUCUUCUUCUCUUCUUUUUUUUUCGCUUCCCCUCUUUUUUUGGAGGGCAGAUUGUAGCUACCUAUAAAGAAAGAGUAGAGCUCAACUCUAAUCGACGAAAGAAGAUCUGGUUUUGAUUCUCUCUGUUUUUCUUUCCCUCCUCUUGCUUUGUCUUUUCAUUUCUUUGAAUUGUUUUUUCAAUCGCUUCUUACUGGUGGGCUGACUUGCUUUUUUCUUCUUCUAAUCGUGUUUCUUCUUGGUUCUCCCUCCCUUUUCUUUUCUUGGGUUAAUCUUUUUUCUGGGAAGAUUUUUUUUUCCUUGUUUCCACUUGCUCUGAGUUAGAAGAGGUGUUCUGGGAUUGAUUGAUUUGGGUUCCUAUUUGGUGGGUUGGGUUUAAAUGAACGGAAAUUGGGAUGGAUUGGAUUGAUGGAUGAGGGAGAUGAGAUUGCGAACCGUUUGAGGUCUGUGCAUGUGUUGGAAUGCUAAGAUCUGAAGCUGGAUGUGAAUGGAAUCUGAUGUAUUGGCGACUUGUUGGUUUUCCCUCUUCAGGAAAUGGGAAUUGGAGAUGCGUGUUUUAUUGUUAUAAUUGAGGCCAAGUGCGACUCUAUCGGCAAGUCGUUGGGGUUUGAAUCUCUCGAAUUUUGGGCGUUAAUGGAUUGAAGAAUCUUGGGUUUUGGAUGCAAUGUUAAAGGCAUUGCCAUCUGGGUUUCUGAUUUUGUUAUUACUGGCAUCUGUUUCUGCUGCCGACAACGGAUUUCCGCGAUGUAAUUGUGAUGAUGAGGGUAGUUUAUGGAGCAUCGAUAGCAUUUUGGAGUGUCAGCGUGUGAGUGAUUUCUUGAUUGCUGUGGCCUACUUCUCUAUUCCUAUUGAACUUCUCUAUUUCGUUAGUUGCUCCAAUGUACCCUUCAAAUGGGUUCUAUUUCAGUUCAUUGCUUUCAUUGUUCUUUGUGGGUUGACCCAUUUGCUCAAUGGCUGGACUUAUGGCCCCCACUCAUUCCAGUUAAUGCUAGCUCUCACUGUCUUCAAAAUCCUUACCGCCCUGGUAUCCUGUGCUACUGCUAUAACCCUCAUCACACUCAUUCCUUUGCUUCUCAAAGUGAAAGUGAGAGAGUUUAUGUUGAAGAAGAAGACAUGGGAUCUAGGAAGAGAAGUUGGAAUGAUAUUGAAACAGAAAGAAGCAGGCUUACACGUUCGGAUGCUUACGCAAGAGAUCCGCAAGUCUCUUGAUCGACAUACGAUACUUUACACGACCAUGUUCGAGCUGUCUGAAACUUUGGGUUUGCAAUACUGUGCAGUUUGGAUGCCUAAUGAGAGCAAGACAGUGAUGAAUUUGACUCAUGAGUUGAAAGAUAGCAGCUUCUCAAAUGGAUACAAUGUCUCUAUACCAAUAAGUGAUUCUGAUGUUAUUAAAAUCAAGGGCAGUGAUGGCGUUAACAUUCUUGGGCCUAAUUCGGCACUUGUUGUUGCUAACUGUGGCGAGUCUGAUGAACGGGGUCCUGCAGCAGCGAUUAGGAUGCCAAUGCUACGUGUUUCCAACUUUAAGGGAGGAACUCCUGAGAUAGUUCCGACUUACUAUGCAAUUUUGGUUUUAGUUCUCCCUGGUGGACAACCUAGAUCUUGGAAUAACCAGGAACUUGAGAUAAUAAAGGUGGUUGCUGACCAGGUGGCCGUAGCUCUCUCCCAUGCCGCGCUUCUGGAGGAGUCCCAGCAUAUGAGAGAAAAGCUGGCUGAGCAGAAUCGAGAUCUGCAGCAGGCUAAGGAGAAUGCUAUGAUGGCAAGCCAAGCUAGAAACUCCUUCCAGAAGGUAAUGAGUGAUGGGAUGAGGAGACCUAUGCACUCCAUCAUGGGUUUGCUUUCAAUGUUGCAGAAUGAGAAUAUGAAUGAUGACCAACGAAUUAUACUCGAUGCGAUGGUAAGGACUGGCAAUGUUGUAUCUACACUGAUAGAUGAUGUUAUGGAAGAUCCCAUUAAGGAUAGUGCUAGAUUUCCUUUGGAGUUGGAGAUGAGAUCUUUUAGGUUACAUUCUAUGAUAAAGGAGGCAGCUUGUCUUGCCAAAUGUUUGUGUGCAUAUAAGGGCUUUGGUUUUGCCUUUGAAGUCCAGAGGUCUCUGCCUGAUCACGUCAUGGGAGAUGAAAGAAGGGUUUUUCAGGUGCUUUUGCAUAUGGUAGGGAGCCUAUUAAAUGACAUCAACCAGGGAGGAGGUUAUGCUUUGUUUCGGGUGGUGGCUGAGAGUGGAAGUCAGGGAAGGAACGACCAAAGAUGGGGUAAUUGGAGACAAAGCUCUUCUGAUGGGGAUGCAUUUAUCAGAUUCGAGGUUGGAAUAAAUAAGAGUAAUUCUCAAUCAGAGGGCUCCAUUCCAAAUGUGGUAUCCGGUGAUCGGAGAUAUGCCAGUGAUGGAGCUGAGGAACGCCUGAGCUUUACCAUCUGCAAGAAGCUCGUUAAGUUGAUGCAAGGGAAUAUAUGGGUAAUCCCUAAUCCUCAAGGAUUUACACGAAGCAUGGCGCUUGUUCUUCGUUUUCAACUUCGACCCUCCAUAGCAGUGGCCAUGUCUGAACCUGGAGAAUCAUCUGAACAUCCACACUCCAACUCCAUCUUCAGAGGAUUGCAGGUUAUUUUAGCUGAUGCUGAUGAUAUGAACAGAGCUGUAACACGAAAAAUGCUCGAGAAGUUGGGCUGCAAUGUGACUGCCGUUUCUUCUGGAUAUGAAUGUCUCACAGUCAUGGCACCUGCUGGUUCUUCAAUCCAAGUGGUGCUUUUGGAUCUUCACAUGCCAGAACUAGAUGGUUUUGAAGUUACAACAAGAAUCCGAAAGUUUAGAAGCCAGAAUCACAGGCCAGUGAUCAUUGCAUUAACUGCAAGUGACGGUGAAGAUUGGGAGAGAUGCGUUCAGAUUGGAAUGAACGGUGUCAUACGGAAACCAGUUCAGUUACAAGGAAUUGCCCAUGAGCUUCGCCGGGCUCUGCUACAAGCAAGCAAGGUUGUGUGAGGAGGAGAAGGAUAGAGAGCCUGGCAGUUAUGUUUAUGUGCAAAAAUCUGAUAUCUUGAUAGAGAGGUAGCAAGCAAUUAUAUUAGUCUCUGACCUCAAAAAAUCUGAGUUUCCCCAUCAAAUCUCUUCCGCCAGAGGAAUGUUACGAACUCGAAAAAAUGUUCCACAAUUUCACAGUGAAAAUGGUAUACAAUAGUUGUCCCCACUCUCUUUUCCUUUCACAUCUUCCGCCAUUGGUUUCUAAAUCACUGUUCCUUCUCCUUCACUCCUUUCUAACACGGAGUUAGGGGAAGGAAAGAACGUGGCCGCUCCCAUUAUUCUUUCUUAUAUCUUGUCAUAGUUUGACUUAGGUUGAAAAGAAAUUGAAUCAAUUCGAUGAAUGGAACCGAAUAAAUCUAUAUUGCGUAGGUUUGAUACGGUUAAUUCUAUAGGUUUGAUUCUUAGAAUCAAAUCUAUUAUUUAUGACUUGAUGUUUGAUCAUAUUUUGAAUAUAUGUGAUCAUAUAAAUGUUAUGUAAAUUUAGUGGCAUUAUUCUUGAAA